AUGGGAUCAUCGAAAGAAACCGACCGCGAUGGCGGAGUCAAAGAUGCUGUCGAAGCCCCCGAACAAGAGCAAUCAGGCGGCACCCAAGAAGAAGGAAGCAAGAAUGAGGGGUUGGGAAACGUCCCAUCAUACAGUUUGGCGGGCUCCGGCGCGCAAAAUCCGAAUAACAAUCGUGGAUACACGAAUGAAGAGUACGAACAAUACAAAUCUCAGUACAACCAAGACGAUGAUAGCCCAACUUGGAGUUUGGCCCAGCCUCUCCCUCAUAUCGUUCGGCCUGGUAUGCGUCAUGGCGCCUUGCCAGAGGAUCGACAGGAGGAUAAACACGAUAUGACACAGAACGGCAAGGAUCCAGCGCACACAGAGGCAGUUAAGAAACAACAGUCCGCCGAAAAUCGCACGAAAAAAGUCAAUGAUCCCAGAGAAGAUGGCUUUUUCAAUACUUGGUCGAAGAUUCGUCACCAUCUACGCGAGCCGCUGGCUGAAUGGCUCGGAACAACUAUGGCAAUGACAAUCGGUCUUUGCGCUACCUUAUCGAACUUUACAUCUUCCGGACAAGCAGGGUCAUACCCUGCUCAAAGUGCCGCCUGGGGCUUUGGUUUCAUGGCCGCUAUCUAUACGACCGGUGGUAUGUCUGGUGGCCAUCUAAACCCAGCCAUCACAAUCUCGCUGUCUGUAUUUCGUGGAUUUCCCGCGCGUCGAUGUGUGAUUUACAUUGCUGCGCAACUCCUCGGUGCUAUCACCGCAGGGGGCAUCUCGUAUGCGAUCUACCAUGAUGCCAUUGUUGAAGUGGCCAAAGUGGCCAAAGUGCCCCAGAAUGCAAGCGUCGCUAGUCAGGCUCUUCUCACCUUGCCGAAACCAUUCGUCCAUCCUGCGACUGCAUUCUUCACUGAGUUUUUGGGCAGCGCAAUUUUAGUCGGUUCUAUUCUCGCUCUGGGAGAUGACACCAAUGCACCCCCAGGAGCUGGAAUGCAGGCAUUUAUCAUUGGAAUUAUCAUUACCAUUGUGGUCCUUGCACUGGGCUAUAACACCGGAGGUUGUUUCAAUGGCGCACGAGACUUUGGUCCGCGACUUGUUGCCCUUAUGGCUGGGUGGGGCGGCCAGAUCUUCCGAGAAUACCAUGCAUGGUGGGUUUGGGGUCCAUGGGUUGCAGACAUCACCGGUGCGAUGUUUGGCGCUUUAAUCUAUGACAUGGCUAUAUUUACGGGUGGUGAGAGUCCAGUCAACUAUCCCCCACGGAGGCGAAAGCGGGCAUACCGUGUGAGAGCUUUGAAUCUCCGGAAGAAACUUCGUAUUGGGAAAAAGAAGGUCCCCGAUCUUGAGCAGUCUGUUAAGGAUACUGAGAGCUAG